AUGCGAUUCUCUGCGAUCACUAUCAUCACUCUCAUUGGCACUGCCUUUGCCGGCAAGCUCCCUGCUGGUGCUCCUUGCAAGCAAGAUGGAAGUAUGGGUGUUUGUGAAUCGAACUUGUGUGUGCAAACCCCUAGCCAGGCACAGGGUGUGUGCAAAUGAUUCACCCUUGUAAUACCUAGCAUGAGAUUAAAGGUC